AUGUCAGCAGCCGCCGAGGUUGAAGUUGACGAUUAUGAGAACGAAUCGAGGUACGGCGAUGAGUUUUCAGUGGUGACCGCCUCCAUAGACAGCUAUAUACUUAGGUACGAGCAGAAACACGGGCGAACCUACCACAGCUACCACCAAGGGUCAUAUAACUACCCAAACGACGGGCAGGUGCAAGAUCGCCUCGACCUGGUUCACCACGCCUUCAGACUCGUGCUUCAGGAUAAGCUUUUUCUCGCACCCAUAAACCUGGACAGCUCUGAUCUUAGAGUCCUCGAUAUUGGUACCGGCACCGGCCUAUGGGCCAUUGAAUUUGCAGACGAGAACCCUCAGGCAACUGUCGUCGGCGUUGAUCUCAGUCCUAUCCAGCCUGGGUGGGUGCCACCCAAUGUUCAAUUCUACGUUGACGAUGUUGAGGAAGACUGGGACGAGCCUAAGCAUUACGACUACAUCCACUGUCGCUACAUGGCCGGCGCUCACGACGGAACUCUGGAGCCGAACAAUGCUCUCGUGGGGUUGAUGGAUAACCUCAAAAAAGUCCACGACAAGAUCGGCCGCACGCUAGAUCCUGCUCCUGAGUUCAAGAACUGGGUAUGGGAGGCUGGCUUCCACAACAUUACGGAGCAAAGGUUCAAGUUUCCUGUAGGCCUGUGGCCCAAGGACAGGAGAUUGAAAGAGAUCGGGGCUUGCUUGAGCAUGAACUUCACCAGCGGCGUUGAUGCCUUCACAGCGAAGCCUUUCAGAGAUCAUUUAGGUUGGUCACAGAAGGAGGUGGAGGUUGUGAAAGCGGAGGUUCGGAAGGCAGCUAAACGCAGGGAGGUUCAUGCCAUGUUCCAUCUUGUUGUUGUGACAGCGCAGAAGCCAGGAUCAUAG